CACCCCUUUCUCCCUGAAGAGAGUUUCAAAAUCUGAAAGGAGAGGCAGCAGGAUGCAGAAGGCAUUUUAGCGUACUGAACAAGAACAAACCGUUUUGACAACGAAAUAAAAUGUAAAGUAGGCCAACCGUGACACGCCACCCCAAAACAAGAAGUUUAAUAAUCAAGUUUCGGUAAGUUAAUUUUUUUAGACAACAUAGCAAAGACGGAACGUUGUUGGGAAACUUUUGUAGCCGUCUCCCUAAACCACGACCAGAGAGGAGGAAUAGGCAUCUUCCGAGUCAGUGGAGUUGUUGUGGGGCAGGGUGCUGUCCUAUGGGAUGGAUGACGGCCAGCAGGAUCAGUACGAGGAGCGUCUGAAGGAGGUAUUUGAGAGUUUCGACACCAGUGGCGCCGGGUUGCUGUGCCCCGAGGAGCUAUCUGGCCUGUGCCAGGCCCUGCACCUGGAGGAUGCCACCCCCGCACUGCUACAUGCCCUGCUGCAGAACCAGGACCGACUCACUGACAGGGUUGAUUUUGACCAGUUCAAGAAUGCUUUAAUUCUGGUGUUAUCAACGACUACAGCAGCACCGUCCAGUCAGGAGACAACGUGUGCACCGCCACAGCCAGACUCACCAGUCCAAGCUAAGUUUGUGCGGGGUAGUAAGCGCUAUGGCCGACGCUCUACACCAGAGUUCAUCGAGACCAUCGCAGACUUCUCAGAGGUGGUGAGCUCAGAGGACCAUGACUCCACUGUACCGAGGAAACGUGAGCGCUGGAACUCUCAUGAAAGCAGUACGGAUGAGUACGAGGCAGAUGGCCAGCUGCACCUGUGGAACCCUGAUGAUCCCUCCACCCCGCGGGGCUCCACGGUGCCCCUGUCAGACCGCCUGGAGGAGAGGUUACGACAGGCCUGUGAAGAGCUGGCUAUGCCCUGGGAUGGAUGUGCCAGCCACCAUGAGCUACUGGCUCUCUGUAACCACCUGGGCCUGGAGGUGACGGAGGAUGUCCUCCAGGUUCUAAGUGGUGAUGAGAUCAUGAGCGUUCAGGCGUUUACUUCCUGGGUUCUGAACCAUGCCAAGCUCCCUACCCCAUCUGCCUCCACACCUUACAGACAGCUCAAAAGACUACACUCCUCACAGCCGUUUGAUGAGACGGGCCGUAGGACCAGCUGUAUGACCAGCACCAUCAGGAUGUGUCUGUUCUCAACUCUGGACGAUGGGACAGGGUCCACUCUUGCCGAGGACGUCCUGGAUGCCUGGAUGGAGGAGGGCAUAGAGAACAGCCCUGAGAUACUAAAGGCCUUGGAUUUUGACCUGGAAGGCAAAGUGAACCUCAGUGAGCUGACUCUGGCUCUGGAGAACGAGCUCCUCAUGACAAAGAAUGGCAUCCACCAGGCUGCACUGGCCAGCUUUAAGGCUGAGAUCAGAUACCUACUUGAGCGUGUUGAUCGUGAGCGCAGAGAGAAAGAGAAGAUUCGCUCUGACCUGGACAAAGCGGAGAAGUUAAAAACCCAACUGGCUGCUGAGGUGGACGAGCAUCACUCUGCCAUCGAACGCAUGAAUGACCUCAACCUCAGGAAGCUGGAGCAGGAACACAGGGAUAAGCUGGUAUCUGUCAGGUCAGAGAUCAUUCAAGAGAUGGACCAGAUACAGCAGCAGAAAGAGAAACUUGAGGCAGAGAUGGAGAAGAUCAGAGACGAUGAGACCUUCCUCAGAGAUCACCUGUCACUCACUGUCACGGAAAGUAGGCGUCUGGAGAUGGAGCUGCUGGACAGCACUGAGAAACUGUUGGAGGCAGAAAGCCAAGUCAGCGAACUGCAGAAGAAUCUGGAUAACAUCCUGAAGGAAAAGUUUGGGGACCUGGACCCAGGCAGUGCGGAGUUCUUCCUACAGGAGGAGCGUCUCGGACGGCUCCGCAGCAGCUAUGAGGAACAGUGCCGGGAGCUGCAGGAUCGCAUUGAUGAGCUUCAAGCAGAGCUGCAGGCGUACUACAACUUGGGCCGCACCUCUCAGCCCUGUCUCAAACCCUCGCUCUCUGAGGAGCUGGGGAGUAUGAGUCCUGGCAUGGAGUCAGACCCAGGCCUGGGCUUGGAGGAGGGCCAGCCAUUGUUCAACAUGAGCCUGGAGGCAGAGUUGAUGCUGGAGCAGCUGAAAGAGAAGCACCUCCAAGAGAUGGCGCAUCUACAGGCUCAGCUGGAGAGCAAGGUGAGUGAAUUUGACCAGAAGGUGGAGGAGCAGAAGACGGACCAGGAGACCCAGAAGUCAGCCUUGUCUCUGCAGUACAUGGAGGAGAUCCAGGCUCUACACGGCGAGAUGUCCAGCAGCCAGAACAGGGCCCUGGAGCUCCAGGCCCAGCUAGAGCAGGCAGAGGAGGAGCGGGCUGGCUUGGAGCAGAGGCAGGCUGAGGAGAGAGAAGAGCUGGAGCACCAGCAAGAGGAGGAAGUGAGCAGCCUGAAGCAGCAGCUCCUAGAGGCCCGCGCCCAGGCUGCCGCACUGGAGGAGCGGCUCCUAGAGGCCCGCGCCCAGGCUGCCGCCCUGGAGGAGCGGCUCCUAGAGGCCCGCGCCCAGGCUGCCGCCCUGGAGGAGCGGCUCCUAGAGGCCCGCGCCCAGGCUGCCGCCCUGGAGGAGCGGCUCCUAGAGGCCCGCGCCCAGGCUGCCGCCCUGGAGGAGCGGCUCCUAGAGGCCCGCGCCCAGGCUGCCGCCCUGGAGGAGCGGCUCCUAGAGGCCCGCGCCCAGGCUGCCGCCCUGGAGGAGCGGCUCCCUAGAGGCCCGCGCCCAGGCUGCCGCCCUGGAGGAGCGGCUCCUAGAGGCCCGCGCCCAGGCUGCCGCCCUGGAGGAGCGGCUCCUAGAGGCCCGCGCCCAGGCUGCCGCCCUGGAGGAGCAGCUGAAGGGCCUGGAGGCCCAACAGUCGAACGCUGA